GGGAGCGGCGGGCGAGCCGCGGAGGAGGAUCCGAGGCGGGCCCGGGCAGGGGGAUGGCGGUGCUGGCAGCCCCUGGGCCCCAAGGCUGGGUCUCGGUGCUCCCGGGACGGCUCCGAAGCCGCUCCGGUGCGGGGGAUGCUCCGGGCGCUGCCGGCACCGGGGAUGAGGAUGAGGAUGAGGAUGGGGAUGGAGCGCGGCUGGGGAUGCGCAGGGAAGGCUCUGGCAGUGGGUGAGCAGAAACGCAGCUGGAGUGGCACAGGGUCCUGAGCUCUUUCAGCCUUUCAGCGUCUUCUGCUGGAUUUGCGGUGUUGGUAACGUCUUGGAUGCUCUCGUUGCCAUUAGCAAGCGGUGUUAAUGAGCGAGGCUCGCUCAGGGUGCUGGAUUUGUGCUUUUGCUGCGUUGGGAGCAGUGUUUGACCUUUUGCAUAACAGAUGAAGGGUCAUGGACGCAAACCUUUGGUUUUUCACUGUCACAUCAGCCUCAUCUUCUCCAGCCCUUGCAACAUAUUUGAGCUUUAGUUUCUGUUUGUGGAAAGCCGACUUUCUAAAGUUCUCUGUGGAUUUUUUUUUUCCACCUUAAUUGUUACUGGGAGUGUAGCUAAGGGUUGGAGAAGAUACAAGGAGAGUGAGAGGCGCUCACGCUGCCCGUUCUUUGUGACUAAUCCAAGAGAAACAACUGCCAACCACUGCCACGUUUUCAUCUGUUGGUAAACAUCAGCUGCUGGUUGGCCUUGAGGGAGGAAGACUGAAUUAGUUCCAGAUGGAGAACUCUUUCAGCCCAUUUAGACUUUCCAGUUGAUUAAAGCCAGCAGGCAGAAAACAUGGAGCAGCCCACAUGAAGAAUCCUUUGGAGUUUCUAUUCCUACAAGAUGUUCUUUGAAGGACCAAACCCAGUUUUCCAGGCCCCUGGGAGAUGAAGCAUUGACCACAUGACGUUUUUAUCUCAACAAGUGCUUUGUUGAUUUGUGUGAAGGACAAAGAAUAUUUUGAAAUAUUUAUUUCUUCACCUCACCAUGACGAGUGCUGUGACCCCAGAGGCCCCGAGCCCUCCCCAGCUGGAGGAGAAGCCAAAGGGGAAAUCCCUGUUCCAGCUGGGCUCCCUCUUUGCUAACAGGAGUGAGAAAUUUGUGAUUGCUCGCAGUGACAGCUUGCCAGAGGAGAAUGUCCUGAAAAUCACCAUCACAGAGACCACGGUCAUCGAGUCUGACCUGGGCAUCUGGAACUCCCACGCCCUCAUCUACCUCACUCUGUGGUUCUUCUUCAGCUUUUGCACUCUGUUCCUUAACAAAUACAUCCUGUCCUUGCUGGAGGGGGAGCCCAGCAUGCUUGGUGCUGUUCAGAUGCUCUCCACCACCUUCAUUGGCUGCAUCAAGAUGUUUGUCCCUUGCUGUCUGUACCAGCACAAGACCCGCAUCUCCUACCCCCCAAACUUCAUCAUGAUCAUGCUCUUUGUGGGGUUAAUGAGGUUUGCCACGGUGGUGCUGGGGCUGGUGAGCCUGAAGAACGUGGCAGUGUCCUUUGCAGAGACAGUGAAGAGCUCAGCUCCCAUCUUCACCGUCAUCAUGUCCCGCAUGAUCCUGGGCGAGUACACGGGGCUGCUGGUGCACGUGUCCCUGGUGCCCGUGAUGGCCGGGCUGGCUCUGUGCACGGCCACCGAGCUCAGCUUCAACAUCCUGGGCUUCUCUGCAGCCCUGUCCACCAACAUCAUGGACUGUUUGCAAAAUGUCUUUUCCAAAAAACUCCUCAGUGGAGAUAAAUACAGAUUUUCAGCCCCAGAGCUUCAGUUCUACACCAGUGCUGCUGCUGUGGUGAUGCUCAUUCCAGCCUGGAUCUUUUUCAUGGAUGUUCCUGUGAUUGGGAAAAGUGGGAGAAGCUUCAGCUACAGCCAGGACAUUGUGAUCCUGCUGCUGAUUGAUGGAGUCCUGUUCCACCUGCAGAGUGUCACUGCCUAUGCCCUGAUGGGCAAAAUCUCCCCUGUCACCUUCAGCGUGGCCAGCACUGUCAAGCACGCCCUGUCCAUCUGGCUCAGCAUCAUUGUCUUUGGCAACAAGAUCACCAGCCUGUCGGCCGUGGGCACCGUCCUGGUCACCGUGGGUGUCCUGCUCUACAACAAGGCCAAGCAGCACCAGCAGGAGACCCUGCAGAGCCUGGCCAUGGCCCCGCAGCCCCCCGCGCCCGCCGACGACACCGAGCCCCUCAUGGCCAAGGAUCUGCAGCCCUACGAGUGAUGGAAGGGGCUCUGCAGCCUCCAGCCCAGCCUGGCUCCACGGGGAUCCUCCUGGGUGGGCUUGUUCCUCACACCCUCCUGGGUGGGCUUGUUCCCCAGAUCCUCCUGGGUGGGCUUGUUCCCCAGAUCCUCCUGGGUGGGCUUGUUCCUCAGAUCCUCCUGGGUGGGGCUGUUCCUCACACCCUCCUGGGUGGGCUUGUUCCCCAAAUCCUCCUGGAUGGGGGUUGUUCUUCAGGUUCCUCUGAGUUCUUCAAACCCUCCUGGAUGGGGUUGUUCCUUUGAGUUCCUGAAAUUCUACUGGAUGUGAUUGUUCCUCUGGUUCCUUUGAGUUCCUGAAAUCUCCUGGAUGUGGUUGUUCCUCUGAGUUCCUGAAAUCUCCUGGAUGUGAUUGUUCCUCUGAGUUCCUGAAAUCUCCUGGAUGUGAUUGUUUCUCUGAGUUCCUGAAUUCCUCCUGGAUGUUGUUGCUCCUCUGAGUUCCUGGCAGGUCUCACCCAGGAUUUGAAACAGGAAGGAGCUGGGGAGGAUCCAGAAAAACCUUGGGAACCUGGUGCCCCUAAGAGAGGACCUGGAACGUGGCAAACUUGGGCUUUGUUGUCUCUCCUUGACUCCAAAUUGUUGUGUCUUACACCAAAUCACAUCCAGGCCUGUGCUGGUGGAAGAACUUUGGAAAACAAUUCCUGAACCCCUCCCCCUCCAAACAAUGUGACCAUGGGGCCCCACCACUGAAUUCUGCUGGCAGAGGGAUGCAGCUGGUGCCUCGUGGAAGUUUCUGGAUGUUCUCUGCAUUUCCUGAGGGGUGGUGCAGAGAUGGAAGAGCCCAAGGAGGGGAUUGUCCCACUCUGGCCUCACCUGGAGCCCCGAGGGCCCCCAAACCCUGCCCGAGCUCCUGGAGCACUGUGACAGCACAAGAAGGGAUUUUGGGGUGGAUUUUGAUUUCUGUGCAGGGCAGGAGUUGGACUGGAUGGUCCUUGUGGGUCCCCUCCCACUCAGGAGAUUCCAGAAUUCCGAGAGGGAUUGGGAUUCCCACCCUUCUCUCCCAAAAACCACAAAACAACUUUAUAGAGUUUGCUCGAAGCAAACUGUGGGAAAUGAGCUGUGGUCAGCUCCUGCUGCUGGCUACAAAUCCAGGAUUUGUAGUGGUUAAAAAUGUAAAAAUGGAAGGUGGAAAUGUUGCAUUCUGAUCAUUUACUGACAGAACUGAAAUGCAAAUAUUCACACACGUCCCCUGUGGCAAUGGAGUGUUGAAUUCAAUGUUUGUAGUUGCUUAGAGGUAAAAAAAAAAAAACACUGAAAAUUGUGGUGACAAAGGAAGCAGGAUCUCUGUAUUUCUGUAAAAAACAUUUUGUUGUUUUAAUUUCAUUUUGUUAUGCAUGAGGAAAGAAAUUGAUGUUUUUUAAUAUUAUUUCUAAGAGUGCAACAAAAAGGCUGCCUUUUAGAAACUCAGGGUUAUGAGUCUGACCUGUGUAAAAUAUCUAAUUUCUGAUUGUAUAAAGAAAUCUCAGAGGCAUCUGUGACAGAUGGGAGGAAUAUUCACCAUAAACUGAGGCAAAUCUUUAUUUCUGCUGCUUUUAAUUUUCCUUAUUUUUAAAGGAAAUUUGGUUUUUGUGGUAGAUCAAAGAUUAAAAGUUCACUUUCCUUUUCAAAAUUCCAAAAACCAGUCAGUUUUGACAAAAAAAAAAAAAAAAAAAAGCACACAUGUAGCUACAAAAACAUUCACCUGGACUUUUUGGGAACAAAACUUAAAUUGAGUGGAUUUUAAUACUUGCCACUCCUCUGGAAGGUUGGAGCACGGAUAUUUAACGGUUAACAGGAAAUGACAAUUGGAAUUCCUGUAAAAUCACAUUUCCACACCUCAGUGGCUGCCUGGGGCAGAUUCCCCAAAGAUCUGAGGGAGAAAAAUGCCAAUUUUUCCAUCCUUGUCCAUGUGAUACAUCUGUGGUAUUUUGUUUUCUUUUGUACUCCUGUCAUUUUUAUAAAAGCUGUGGACUGUGGAA